GAACCCUGCAACUCCUUCUUGGCAUAUCUGAUGGUGAAGCAAUGCCUCUUUUGCGCGCAAAGCUUGAAACCUUGUGAACCCGUGCACGCAACCGACGUCGGCCGAAUCUCUACAGCCUGCGCCCGCGAGGGAAUGCGCUCCGAUGCGACUGGCGUGAAUGCGAUCCAAGAUUCGAAUGCUCUGUACAACAAUGGUCGAAUCAUAGUCCCAGCCAGCUCCCCGUGUUCUUCCAUGUUGUCAUGAAACACUCAAUAUGAAGCGCCCCAACUUGGUCACCGAGCUGGAGAUGGAGAUGGCCGAAUCGCAGAACGAGCGCGAUGCUCGUGUCGAGGAGCUUUGGAAGAAGCUCGACUACCAAGGCAAGGGCGAACUGGACUGGAAGGGCCUGCAGAAAGGGCUUAAGAAAAUGGAUCAUCCCCUAAAAAACGCCGAUAACAUGCUUAAGACUCUCACAAAGGCCGUAGACACUGAUGGCGACGGCAAAAUCCAGUACGAAGAGUUUCGUAUCUUUGUCGAAGCAGCUGAACGCCAGCUUUUUCAUCUCUUCCGAUCCAUCGACCGAGACAAGAAUGGUAAACUUGACAAGGAGGAGCUCCAAGCCGCAUUCCAUAAGGCUGGUUUAGCGGUGCCUAAACGUAGAUUGGAUGCUUUCUUUGCGGAGAUUGACCACAAUCAUGAUGGAUUCAUCACUUAUGAAGAAUGGCGGGACUUUCUUCUCUUUAUGCCCAAUACUGAUUCUCCAGCGACUUUACACACAGUUUUCACGUUUUAUUCAGACAUCCUUACUCUCAGUUCAGAAGGUGACUCCGUUAUGAGCGAGAAAUCCCUUGAGGGAAUAGGUACGGCUACAGGCUUCUUUCUGUCCAUAUUUUUUGGUUCAAUUAUUAGAAUCGCUUUUCCCAAUUGGCAGCCCUCAGGGCAAGCCCCUGAGGCCUCUGACUCCUCCCUUUCUCCAUCACUUACUUCGCAACUUCCAUCCUUGCCCGAAUCCGAUUCCCACCCGCAGUCACCAGCACCGGAUGUACUGCGAGCGACCGAUGACCCCGGCGAAGUUAACCCAACAGCUCCACAACCUUAUGCUCUAGUACCUGGUGCUGCAACCGUGUCUGGGCUAUCUUCUGACACGUCUGAUGCGGUGCGAGGAGCAACGCUGGCUGACCUUUCCACUUCUCAAGACAAUCAGAUUGAAACUGCAACGCGUGACAAGGUCAAGAAAUCCGUGCUGAUAAAAUACAUCCCCGAUCCAGGCUAUUUCAUUGCCGGAGCCGUUGCGGGAGGCAUUUCUCGCACUGCAACCGCUCCUCUCGAUCGACUCAAAGUGUAUCUGUUGGUCAAUACCAAAUCUGACGCUAAUGUGGCCUUCGACGCUGCCAAGAAGGGUCGACCCAUCCAGGCUCUCAAGAGUGCUGGACGACCACUUGUUGCCGCUUUAAGCGAUCUAUACAAGUCUGGAGGUGUAAGAGGGUUUUUUGCUGGCAAUGGACUCAAUGUCGUCAAGAUCAUGCCAGAGACAGCAAUCAGAUUUGGAGCAUAUGAGGCAGCCAAGAAUACUUUAGCAGGACUUGAAGGCCAUAAUGAUCCGCAUUCAAUCAACCCUUAUUCAAAGUUCGUUGCAGGCGGUGUUGCCGGAAUGGUUGCACAGUUCUGCGUCUAUCCUCUGGACACGCUCAAGUUUCGUCUGCAAUCCGAGUAUGUUUCUGGUGGUGCACGAGGCAAUACGUUAUUAUUACAGACCGCUCGAAAGAUGCUCGCAGAGGGAGGUGCUCGAGCAGCUUACCGUGGCGUUACCAUGGGUUUGGUUGGCAUGUUUCCCUAUUCGGCAAUUGAUAUGGGUACGUUCGAGUUUCUGAAAACAACCUACAUCUCCUACAAAGCAAAGGCAUCCGGCUGCCAUGAAGAAGAUGCGCAACCUAGCACGUUUGCCACGGGAAUCAUGGGGGCCUCAUCAGGCGCCUUCGGUGCCUCGGUUGUCUAUCCUCUCAACGUACUCCGUACCCGACUUCAGACCCAGGGCACUAGCAUGCAUCCGGCACGCUACACUGGCAUCUGGGAUGUGGCACACAAGACUGUAAGAAAUGAGGGCGUCCGAGGACUCUAUAAAGGAUUGAUGCCAAAUCUUCUCAAAGUCGCACCCGCGCUUAGUAUCACGUGGAUGGUAUAUGAGAACACAAAGAAGAUUAUGCAUCUUCACUAGAGUAUCUUCCUGCUCUGGUACGGGAACUUACUAAUAUGUGAUCGCUCUAUCACAACAGCGCCUACGGCCACAUCUCCUUAUCGGAUCCAAAUCAUUCUUACAGUUUAACCACUCAUGUCCGUUACGAACAGCAGACAUCCCCUUCCAACAUUAUAACUAUACUACCAUUAGAGCAUAGAUACCGGACGAGACAUGACAACAAGAGGCAUUCGGUUUAACAGAGUUACGGAAAUAGUCUACAUUGGCUUGCAUUGAUUGGCGUUUCAGGAUCUUCUUCCUGUUGACCUAGGUAAUUUUUUUCUGAUUUUUCCGGGUCAUUAUUGAUCAUCACAGGUCAUCACAAGGGCACUUGAAAUAGAGGGAUGUGGAGAUACCCUUCUGUGCACGGUUGGUUUUAUUUGUGAGCCUCGAUGUCUCAUUUGCUGGUGCUUAUAGUGAGGCCGGCUUUUACACGCAAGGAUACACAUGUUGUACAAUAAAUGUGUUGGCAUUGAAACAUUUGGCGAGGUCAUGGCGAUGAUUGUUACUCAUGUCGACACGGUUUGCCGAUAGUUUUGGCUUUCUAGCUUUGUCCUAUUUAGCAACUAGGUCUUCGAGUCAAUAAACGAAAUUACUGAUUAA